AUGGCCGUAAAACUGUUUGUUUUUGUUGUGGCAAAGCAGGUCAUACAAAACCAUUUUGUAGGUAAGUAUAAGCAUUUAACAUGUACUAAAUGUUCUAAAGUAGGUCAUUUAAUUAAAGUUUGUAAAGCUAAAAGUAAAGCUGAGACUGUUGAUGUUAAUUUUAUUAAACCAUUUAAUAUCAAGUUAGAUGUAAGUGGAAUUAUUAUUAAGUUUCAAAUUGACACUGGAUCUUCAAUUACAGCUUUGUCUUAUAGUGAUGCAUGUAGAGUGAAUCUUAAAUUGAAAGAUAUUCAAAAAAGUGAUAUAAGUUUAAGAGGUUAUACUGGUACUUUAAUUAUUCCAAUGGGUUAUUUAAAAGUGAGUGUGAAAUUUCAUGGAAAAAUUGAAGUGUUGAAUUUGUAUAUAAUUAAAGAAGGUGGUCCUCCUAUUGUCGGUAGAGAUUGGAUUGAGAAUUUAUCAUUACCUAUUAAAGGGGAAGUUUAUUCACUUUCAUCAAAAACAGAAAUAAAUAUUUUUGAAGAUUUUCCUUCAGUGUUUGGAGAUGUACUUGGAUGUUAUAAACCUAAAGUGUUUAAAUUAUUCUUAAAAGAUGAAAACAUUAAACCUAUUUUUUGUAAGCCUCGUGUGUUACCUUUUGCAUUGAAAGAUAAAGUGAGUUUGGAAAUUGAUAGAUUAGUCAGUGAAAAGUUAUUAAUUCCAAUAGAGUCUUCAGAGUGGGCUACACCUGUUGUGCCUGUUUUAAAAAGUGAUGGUAAAAUUCGAUUAUGUGGUGACUAUAAGGUUACACUUAAUAAAUUUAUUAAAAUAGACAGAUAUCCUAUACCCAGAGUAGGAGAUUUAAUGGCAAUUUUGCAGGGUGCAUUCAAAUUUUGUGUUCUUGAUUUAUGUCAAGCUUAUCAACAGCUUUCAUUAGAUGAGGAAUCACAAAAGUUAACAACUUUAUCUACACAUAAAGGACUUUUUGUAUUUAAACGUAUACCAUAUGGUAUAGCUUCAGCUCCUGGUAUUCUGCAGCGUGAAAUGGAAAAUAUUCUGAGAAAUAUUGAGGGUACAGUUGCUUUUUAUGAUGAUAUCAUAAUAUCUGGAAAAUCUAAAGAAGAAGUUACUAAAAGACUUAGGGAAGUGUUAGGAAGAUUAGGUUCAGUAGGAUUGACUGUGAGAAAAGAUAAAUGUAAAUUGUUCCAGGAUAGUGUUACUUUUUUGGGUUAUAAAAUAGAUAAAGAUGGUUUACAUGUUCCUGAGGCUAGAGUUAAAGCUAUUACAUCAGUACCUAUACCUUGUAGUGUUACUCAACUAAAAGCAUUUUUAGGAUUAGUAACUUACUAUGGUAAGUUUAUUAGUAAUAUGUCUACCAAAGCAAAUCCUUUGUAUAAGUUGCUUAAGAAAGAUAUACCUUUUGUAUGGGCUUGUGAUGCUAGUCCUACUGGUAUUGGGGCUGUAUUAUCUCAUAAAUUACCAGAUGGUACAGAAAAGCCUAUUGCCUUUACUUCCCGGACAUUAAAUAAGGCCGAACGUGCUUAUGCACAAAUAGAUAAAGAAGCUCUUGCUAUAGUUUAUUCAGUUAAGUAUUUUCAUCAAUAUGUAUAUGGUCGUGAAUUUAUACUUAGAACAGAUCAUAAGCCUUUAGUAGUUAUUUUUGGUCCUAAAAAAGGUAUAGAUAAUGGUAAUGCGGAUGCAUUGUCAAGACUUCCUUUAGAUACCACUGCGAGUUCUAAUAUUUUAGAAUCAGAUAAUUACUCUAUUAAUUUAAUCACUGAAAAUAUUAAAACAAUUUCUGAUUUAGAUAUUUGUGAGGAAAUUAAAAAAGAUACUAUUAUUAAACAAGUUUUUUUUAGCGUUUUCACUGGUCAGUGGCCUACUGACAUUAAAAAGGUAUCUGAAGAAUUGAAACCAUAUUUUAACCGUAAGGAUCAAUUUUCAAUUGAACAAGGAUUAUUAUUUUGGGGGCAUCGUUUAGUAAUACCGUCUAAAUUUCGGACUGAAUUGUUAACUGAAUUACACAGCACUCACUUAGGUGUUGUUAAAAUGAAAAGUAUCGCUCGUUCUUUUAUUUGGUGGCCUGGAAUUGAUUUAGAAAUUGAAGGUAUUACAAAAAGAUGUGAACUUUGUUUGAUUCAUAGUGAGAAUCCUCCAAAGGCAGUUCUACAUAGUUGGCCUUGGCCUGAUGGUCCAUCUCUUAGGGUUCAUUUAGAUUUUUUAGGUCCUGUUAAUAAAAGAAUGUUUCUUGUGAUUAUAGAUGCCUUUUCAAAGUGGGUGUAUGUGAAAUUUAUGCCGAAUAUAACUACUUCUUCAACUAUUAAAAUUUUAAGAGAAUAUUUUGCUUAUUGGGGCAUUCCUGCUAAACUUGUGACUGAUAAUGGUCCAUCUUUAUGCUCGAAAGAGAUGGAAGAUUUUUUACAAAAAAAUAGAGUUUUUCAUAUUAAAACUUCACCGUAUAAUCCUGCAUCAAAUGGUGCAGCUGAAAAUCUU